AAUAAUAAUAAUAAUAAUAAUAAUAAUAAUAAUAAUAAUAAUAAUAAUAAUAAUAAUAAUAAUAAUAAUAAUAAUAAUAAUAAUAAUAAUAAUAAUAAUAAUAAUAAUAAUAAUAAUAAUAAUAAUAAUAAUAAUAAUAAUAAUAAUAAUAAUAAUAAUAAUAAUAAUAAUAAUAAUAAUAAUAAUAAUAAUAAUAAUAAUAAUAAUAAUAAUAAUAAUAAUAAUAAUAAUAAUAAUAAUAAUAAUAAUAAUAAUAAUAAUAAUAAUAAUAAUAAUAAUAAUAAUAAUAAUAAUAAUAAUAAAAAUAAUAAUAAUGAUAAUAAUAAUAAUAAUAAUAAUAGUAAUAAUAAUAAUAAUAAUAAUAAUAAUAAUAAUAAUAAUAAUAAUAAUAAUAAUAAUAAUAAUAAUAAUAAUAAUAAUAAUAAUAAUAAUAAUAAUAAUAAUAAUAAUAAUAAUAAUAAUAAUAAUAAUAAUAAUAAUAAUAAUAAUAAUAAUAAUAAUAAUAAUAAUAAU